GGUGGCGGGGAGAGGAGGAGGAAGCAGGAUGGCGCACGCGGGGAGGACCGGGUAUGACCACCGGGAGAUCGUGAUGAAGUACAUCCACUACAAACUGUCCCAGAGGGGCUACGCGUGGGACGCGGCCGACCCGGGGGACCACGCGCCCCCCGGCAUCUUCUCCCAGCCUGGGAGUCACCCUCCGCCCGCCACGCAGCCGCCACCGCCACCAACAACGCCGCCGCCCGGGGAUCCCGCAGCCGCCGCCGCCGCCAGGACCUCCCCGUCCCCGCCCGCCGCCCACCCCGCCGCCGCCGCCGUCGGGCCGGCGCUCAGCCCGGUGCCACCUGUGGUCCACCUGACGCUGCGCCAGGCCGGCGACGACUUCUCCCGCCGCUACCGCCGCGACUUCGCCGAGAUGUCCAGCCAGCUGCACCUGACGCCCUUCACCGCGAGGGGACGCUUCGCCACGGUGGUGGAGGAGCUCUUCAGGGACGGGGUGAACUGGGGCCGCAUCGUGGCCUUCUUCGAGUUCGGUGGGGUCAUGUGCGUGGAGAGCGUCAACCGGGAGAUGUCCCCCCUCGUGGACAACAUCGCCCUGUGGAUGACCGAGUACCUGAACCGCCACCUGCACACCUGGAUCCAGGAGAACGGAGGCUGGGUAGAAUGACAUGGGACUCAAGUCUACAAGAUGAUGAUAUAUCUGUUUUUAGACUAGGCUGUAAAUUUUGUUCUGCUUGUAAACAAACCCACCUGUGGAGCCCCAGUGGCCAAUCCAACUUAGGGUUGUUUCCAUCCCCUACAUCCUCAUUUGGCUACUUUGGCCUAGAACAACAAAGUGUUUCCAGAAUAACCCUUGAACAGGAUGCAGUGUAUUGACUUGUAGAAGUCAAGGACUUCCAGUUUGGGCCAGGAAACUCCUUUCUUGGACUUAAAAGCUGAAUUCUGACAAGAUAGGAAACUCUUCCUGCCUGGUUCUUGUGAAGCCUAGCUCCUAUCCACUCCCACUUGCUCAUUAACGAUGGCUCUCCCCGUUGUGAAGCAGAUACAGAUCGACUAAAUUUAAAUAACUUGAAGCUCACAUGCAGAAUGCACAACUCAGAAGAAAAGAAAAGGUCUCAAGUUUUAAGAUUUGGUUAAUAAAGGAUAGAUACAUGUUUUAAAACUUAGAUGCCCACCCCCUCCCCACGUGUUAUGACUUUUUAAAGUAGAACUAGGUGGUAUUUCACAAGGAAGCAAAAAAGGAAGGGAAAUUAUUAUAUAGACAGAGGGACAAUAGUAACCUUUCACAGAGGAGUUCAGCAGGAACCUCCCCAAACCCAAGCUCAUUAGCUGAACGAAACUAGUUACCAGCUAUGUCUCUCCGCGUCUCUCUUUUUUAUGAACACAUUGCUGUUUU